AAUGGUCAGUCUGCCCCUGCUCAGUACAAAGAAAUGAAUGCCCCUGGUGUCAGUGGUCAGUGCAAAGAAAUGAAUGCCCUGGUGUCAGUGCUCAGUACAAAAGAAAUUAAUACCCUGGUGUCAGUGGUCAGUACAAAGAAAUGAAUGUCCUGGUGAGUGUCCCGUGCAGGGGCGGACUGACAACUCAUGGGGCCCCUGGGCAAUAGAAGAUCAUGGAGCCCCUGUGUCUUUGCCCAAACUCAAAAAAGCCUAUGAAAAAGAAACCAGGGGCAUCUCAUGGGGCCCCCUACUGACCCCGGGCCCUUGGGCAGUGCCUGAGUUUCCAAAUGGUCAGUCCGCCCCUGGU